CGCUGCUUUGACAGAAGGGACGGUGAAGCGAUAAAUGUCCAGGGGACAAAACUGCCCUGUAGUUCUUUAUUAAUCGACUAUAGAAGUUACCUUGGUACCAAAUAGGGACGAAAUGGAGGUAUUCUUGCCGAACUGACACCAGCUUUUGAAAAACAUCGGGUUUAUUAAGUCAUUUGGGGCUUGAAUGUGAAGGAGGUGACGCCGGUGCUAGUGCUAGUUAGCCUCUCCAGAGACGCAGGGGAAUCGGCUGAAAUGAACGAACCUGCGACUCAAACCCGAUCUGCUUAGCCCCACCUGGAACCAGUUUAGUUGUCUGUUGCCAUGAUGAUCACCCGAGUGCACCGCUGAGGGCUCAGAGGCAUGAACUCGAUUUCCCCCAGCGCCGUUCAGUACGUGGGAGGAGUGAUGCAGGAUGAGCAGGUGGAGAGCCGGAGGCAGCCGCCCCUGGAACCACAGGGCAGCUUUGGCCUCCGGCCAUCUCCGAGCCCAGACUCCGGCAGAGAGGCAGCUGAAGAGCCAGAUGAGAUGGACAAGCUCAAGGCCAAGCUGAUGUCAGCAUGGAACAAUGUCAAAUAUGGGUGGACUGUGAAGUCUAAAACAUCCUUCAACAAAAUAUCACCCGUCACCGUCCUGGGACACUCGUAUCUGCUCAACAGUGAAGACGCAGUGGAACGAUUCCGUCUGGCCUUUGUGUCCAGAAUCUGGCUGACCUACAGGAAGGAGUUCCCCCAGCUUGAGGGCUCCACCUGGACCACAGACUGUGGCUGGGGCUGCAUGCUGCGCAGCGGGCAGAUGAUGCUGGCUCAGGGGCUCGUGGUGCAUUUGAUGCCAAGAGACUGGUCGUGGCCAGAUGCUCAGCAGCUCACCGAUGUGGACUUCGAGGUGUUCCGGCCGCGCUCCCCGGUGCGGGCCGGAGGGGUCCCCAUCCCUUCCUUUGCUUCGUUGCGAGGAGACACCCCUGAGAGAUCUCUGUCAAGAAUCCCGGCGGCCAAGUGCAGCCAGAGACGACGACCCGAGUCCGCAGGGGACCGGCAGGCGGAGCCCGUCCACCGCAGCCUCGUCACCUGGUUCGGGGAUCAACCUCCAGCACCUUUUGGUGUUCACCAGCUGGUGGAAAUAGGAAAGGGGUCGGGGAAGAAGGCCGGCGACUGGUACGGCCCUUCCAUCGUGGCACACAUACUACGGAAAGCAGUGGCAAAAACAUUUGUGGUGCAAAACCUGGCUGUAUACGUGGCUCAGGAUUGCACAGUGUAUAAAGAGGACGUGGUACGUCUGUGCGAUCCGUCGCUAAGCCAGAGUCCCCUGGAUCCCUCCAGCCAAGUCUGGAAGUCCGUCAUCAUUCUGGUGCCCGUGCGGCUGGGAGGGGAGGCUCUCAACCCGACCUACAUCGAGUGUGUUAAGAGCAUCCUGAAGUUGGAUUGCUGCAUUGGAAUAAUUGGAGGCAAACCGAAGCACUCGCUCUACUUCAUUGGUUUCCAAGACGAGCAACUACUUUAUCUGGACCCUCACUACUGCCAGCCGCUCGUCGAUGUCACUCUUGCAAACUUCUCUCUCGAGUCCUUCCACUGCAGUUCUCCCAAGAAGAUGCCCUUCAGCCGCAUGGACCCCAGCUGCACCAUCGGCUUCUACGCCAAGAAUCAGAAGGACUUUGAGUCUCUGUGUUCAGCUGUUAGCACGGCCCUGUCAUCUUCCAAGGAGAGGUACCCCAUCUUCACGUUUGUGGAGGGCCAGGGUCAGGACUACGGCCUGGAGGGUCAGAGCAGCAACCACAGCAGCCCUGCCGCCCACAUCCUGCCUCCGGGCAAACUGAGCCGGAGCAACAACAGAAGAAGCAGCGACGAGUUUGUGUUCCUCUGAAGCCCUCGUGCUCGCCGACUCCUGCAGGCUGCAGAUGCCGACGUUUCCUUCCAAAGGGAACGACUUUACUGCAACAAGCUAGACUUUACUCGCACGCGUCGACUCCCUCACUGCACGGACGCUGCCGCGACCUCCGCGCGGGUGGAAAUCAUGAUCCGACGGGUCAAUCAUGGGUCUCACCAGAGGAAAAACUUAUUCUGAGACCGGAUCAGAUCAUGACAUUUUUCAAUUGCUUAACUAACUCUUGAACAAUUUUACCAGUGACUGAAAAACGUAUCAAAACCUCAUAGUCAAGGCUGCAGCUGCCUGUUAUUCUGGUAUGCUACGUCACCUGCUGGACAUCUUUUUCUUUUUUUUUUUUUUUAAAUCAGAUUUAUUUAUCACCAUUUAUGUGUUUUUGGCAGUGAGUGCAGGUUUGUGUAAUUUAUUUGGUUGUCUUUUUAAUUGUACAGAUGUAACUAACUCUGACGUUGCAGCCUGAGAAUCGAACAAACGAGCACCGAGCCUCGAUCCACGACAGCCCCCCGCCGCCUCUCCUGGUCGUUCACCACUAACAGAAGAGACACUCAGAAAUCUGCUGUUAGUUCUUCCUGCUGCUGCACGGACGGACAUACACGGUACUUCCACCUGACGGGCCGCAAGGUGCCUCGGGAAGCAGGAUUCUGGGUAAUCUGGACACAUUUGCUGGCGAAAGCGGCUCGGAAGGUCCGGCUUUUACUCUGGGAAGUUAAAAAUGAAGAAGCUGAACUGAGAUUUUGCUCAAUCAUCUGGUCUGCUGCAGUUCCAACAUGUUUUUUUUUUUUGUUCCUUUCAUAUAUAUAUAUAUAUAUAUAUAUAUAUAUAUAUAUAUACUGUAUAUUAUAUAUUUUAUAUAUAAUAUAUGUGUAUAUAUAUUAUACAUAUUACUACAAGUUGCACUACUACUGUUGCUGGGUUUGCUGUCCUCAAUAAAUUCAAACACUGGUA